UUGAAGGACACCGAGUGAGCCCCGACGACGUAAGCCAGUCGUGUCCAAGCAAGCAUUUCCCUCGUUCACCGACAGUCCACCACCUACGUGAAUUGUGAACAUGGCUCCAUAGCUUGCAAGUUAUUAGCAUGCUUCCGGCAUUCUCCAAGUGCCUCUUGGGCUCGUGGGGUUUGCGAGCCACGCCAGCAAUUGCUCGGCCUCUCUACACUGCGGGCCUGCCUGAGCGUGCCUCGAACUCUUCUGGCAAUGAAGCUACAAGCAGCCAGGGUCUAGACUAUCGUCAACUCCUCGCUGCGAAUACUCGAGGUGUUGCCUUGCCGUCCAUCGCGAGGACCUGGGACCUCGCAACGGUGGACUCGGAGCUGCGACAUGCGACUGCGACGCAAUUGGGCAGCGCCGCAAACGGGAAGGACGUCCCGAGUGCCGUCCAGCGCGAGCUCGCCAGGCGUCAUGGUAUCCAGCUGCCAGUGGGCGCCUGCCGCCACACCGCCGCCACCCGCCUCGCCACUGUGCUCCCCCCACCCGUACGGCACAUUGCCGUGCUGUACGGCGUGCUGGAGUACAACGGCGCCGUGCCGCCCAGCGCGGCAGCUGCGCGGCAGCUGCUCAAGGAGGGCGCGCAGUCUCGGACGCACGCCCACCCUUUGGACUCCGACCUGUCGCCUGUGGCUCUGGGGCAGAUCUCGGACCUGGUCCACCGGCUGGGCUAUGUGGGCCGGCCGCCCUUCUCCUACGGCAGCGGGCAGCUGAUGGCCGCCUGCCUGCGCACCAUACUGGCGGACGUGGACGACGAGGCGCGGCUCAGGCCGCUGCCCAGCAUGGACACGCGCCAGGCCGAGCUGCUGCGCUACCUGCGCUCGCGCCGCGCGCCGCCCGGCACCCGCGGCAUGCCGGCGGUGCUGGACGUGGACCUGGGCUGCAGGGCGGGCGUGAGCCGACUGGCGGCGGCGCGCAACAUACUGCAGUUGAUCCAAAACCACGAGCUCUGCGCCAGUCCCCAGGGCGAGCCUGUGGCGGCGCUCCGGGCUCUGGGCCUGUCCGGCCCCGUGCCGCCCACCACCGGCGAGGCGCUGUCCCUCGCCGCCGAGCUGCGCGACCGCUGCCGGCCCGCCGCCCCCCACCACCUGGCAGCACUGCGAGCCCUGGGCUGGUACGACAACAGCGGCAGCAGCAGCACCAGCGGUGGCAGUAGUGGCGGUGGCAAUAGCAGCAGCCGUGGCGGUGGCAGUAGCAGCAGCAGCGGUGGCAGUGGCAGUAGUGGCGGUGGCAGUAGCAGCAGUGGCGGUAGCAGUGGUGGUGCCGCGGUGCUGGAGCCGGAGAGCGUGGCGCACGUGAAGGCCGUGAUGCGCGUGCUGCGCCGGGCCGACACGGACGCCGCCACGCCCGCCACGCGCGGCGCGCUGCGGCACCUCGCCGAGCUCAGGCGGCAGCAGCACGGCGUGUCGGCGGGCGGCGGAGGCGGAGGCGGAGGCGCCGCCGCGGCUGUAGCGGCAGCCUCAGGGGCGACAGGGGCGGCAGGGGCAGGGGCAGGGACAGCAGGGGGAGGAGGAGGGGGAGGGGGAGGAGGGAGGAGAGGAGGGGGCGGGAGCUGGGGGGUUCUGGGUACGUGUCCGAGCCAGCUGGAGGUGCGGGUGGCGAUUGAGGAGCUGCCGCUGUCGGGGCAGAUGGCGGACCGACUGCUGGAGCUGGGCUGGUCUGGACCCAUGCCCGAUACCCACGGCGCCGCCCUGGCCCUGGAGGACUACCUCGCAAACCACCGCUCCGCGUAUGGCAGUAGCAGCAGCAGCAGCAGCAAUGGCGCCAGUAACGGCAGUAGCAGCAGCAGCAGCUACGCGCCUAGCUACAGCCGCGCCGCGCCCGCGCCCUCGCCCUACUCCUCUGUGACGGGUGCUACAGCCUCCGGCGGGCGUGUCAGUGCUGCCUCCUACGGCGGCAGUAGCAGCGCGGGCCAGCAGGGACAGGGGGCGGGGCAGGGCGUGGCGUUCCGCCGCACCAACGGAAACCCUGGCAGUAGCAGCGGCGGCGGCGUCAGCAGCCGGUCGUCGUACGAGCCGUUGGAUCCAUCCUCGUACCUGCCGUACCGCAGCAUGCCAUCGCACGCCGCCGGCCACCCGGGUGGCGGCGGCUCCGGGCCGGAUUCUGGAUCCGGAUCCGGGCAUGCCUACGCGCCGCAUGCGCAGCAGCUGACGUCGCUCAUCUCGAAGCUUGGAUCCAGUCCGGAGGAGUUCCUGACCAAGAUCCAGAUCCGGGGCAUGUUCCCUGGAUCCGUGUCGGAGUGGUACCUGCCCACCAUGAGCCACGAGGAGGCGGCGCACGUGCUGGGGUGCCUGGUGGCGGCGCGGCGGCUGGUGCUACAGCGGGUGCGCGGGUCCGGGUACGACGAGUACGUGGACCGCUGGUCGACCGCCGAGGCGGAGGGCGACUGGUGGGGCAUGGAGUGGCUGUGGCAGUAGCGGCCGGCGGCGGCUGCAGCAACCAAGGUAGCAACUGCUGACGGCUGUAGCAACCAAGGUAGCAACUGCUGGCUCUGGAGCUGUUGCACUUGAGCUGCUGCAGCAGCUGCAGCUGUGAUGGCCGCACGUGCGGAAUGGUGCGGGCAGCGGCGGCUCAUGGGCGGCAUGCGGCGUGGGGGCUGUGAGGCACUGAAGGGCAAAUGCAGCGGCCACGACAAGACCGGGCCAUCUGAGGCGCCCAUGGAAAGCCGCCGGAAUGGUUGGAACCGCCGCAGCAGCGGCAGCAGCGGCAGCAGCAGCAGCAGCGGCAAGAUUCCAGCCCCCAUGAAGAAGCAGCGACAUGGGCAGGAGCGCGUGUGAAUGGCGUUGUGGAGGGUGCAGGUGCUGUCUGUUAUGCAUGUGCUUACGCGCAAAAGGGGCAAUGUGGUGAGCGAGACGCGGGUGGACGAGAGCGGGACGCGGACGAGAAACAGCUGGCUGGCAUACCGUAAGCCGUUGGAGGUAGCGGUGUGAGGGUGACUGCGUGCCAUGACGCUGCAUCAUUGGGGAACUCAGAGCCAACCUACAUCCAGUGUCUUCCCCGGAUUUAUGCACAGUCUUUGCAUAAGGAGUGCACGAUGCGCUCCUUGCUGCUAUAUGAGCGGCUUGGGAGCGCUAGGAGCGCCCGACACGUUUUGUUACCUCGCCGGGGGCAAAUAUUUAUCUUGCAUUGCUGUCUGUUUGCUGCUGCAAGAGGGGCAGUCGCACUAAUUCUGUCACUUCUGUGUUGCGAUCAUGGGUUACUUGCUUUUUGGAUCAGGGGAUUAAGGUCCCCUGCCCUGGAUCAUGUCGGCCCGGAUCAAAAAGCCAUUGCCGGUUUUGACGGCGUGAGUACGGCAAUUUGACAAACGAAGGCGUGCAUGCCUAUGUGGCUGUCGGUGAAGGGAACACAGGUAUUCAGAGGUAUUCCUAUCGGUAGCGCGCCGACGCAGUGCCCCUGCCGCAUCGUUGGCCUAGGGGUAUCCCACCGGUAUUUCAAUAAGGUUGUAAGGUGGCCAUUGUACACAUGCAUAUGGAGUAGCGAUGACCCGCGACGCCUGCGUGCUUCUAUCGAUGGCUAGCAGCACUGCAGCAGGGAGGUAUAUGCGGGUUCUGCACACGACACCGCUCUGAUCAGUUUGUGGGCGUGUGGGGGCCCGGUGACCGGCAACAGUGCGCGCUAGCUCUGCUCUGCAGCGGCCGCCGCCGCGGCUGCUGCCGCUUGUCCUGCUGUACAACGCGGCUGUCCAGUUGUAGUAGCACCGUACUGUGUUGCCGUACUGUGUUGCCGACGGCGGGGCCACGUGGCACCCCCGGCACGGGCUGGGUGGGCACCAAGGCAGUGGUCCCGUGUCCGUGUGCGGUCAAUAGGGCGGGGGUUCAUCAGGGCGGGAUGCGAGUGAGCACUGAGCGUAAGUGCUCGAGUCUUGAAGCAUUAAGAUGGCCGCCGUGGCCCGACAAAAGAUGGACUGAUGACGUGAAACCCAUGUUCAACA